CUCGAAUGGUGGCUCCCUACAUUGUUUAGGAUUCGAGAGUACCGGUAUUAACAACACGUUGUUGUUUUAUGUGCAAGCUGCAAAAACAUUUUCAUUUAUUCUAGAAAUAUUGCAAAAUGAUUUCCAUAGCUUUUACAAAAAAUGCUUUUCUUUGGUGCAUGUCAGCAGUGUACUUGAUGGCAUUUGCAUCAAUUUACCACCAAGCCCCAGGUUUAUAUGGAAAUAAUGGAAUUCUACCAAUCAAGAAUAGACUCUUAGAAAGUCUUAAAGGUUCCAGAACACCAGAAGAUGCAUUUUACGAGCGUCCCACUUUACUGUUGCUUGUUUACCGCAUUGGCUUAGACUACGAGUCAGGCUUUGAAUUUAUAUGCAUUCUUGGUAUAUUGUGCUCAUUCAUCUGUAUGGUGUCAAAAAUGCUUCGAGACAGUUUCAUGUUCGCUGUCCUGUGGUUCUUGUACCUUUCAAUCUAUCAGGUUGGCCAAACAUUUAUGUGGUUCCAAUGGGAUAUAUUGCUUCUUGAGGCUGGCUUUCUGACAAUCAUUGUAGCGCCUAUGAAUAUGUUCAAGUCGCAUGACCCAAAACCAAGGCAACAUGAUGCUAUCACAAUGUGGCUUGUGAAGUGGUUGUUAUUCAGGUUGAUGUUUGCUUCUGGUAUUGUCAAACUGACGAGUCAGUGUCCCACGUGGUGGGGACUUACUGCCCUGGACUGGCAUUAUGAAUCACAGUGUAUACCGACACCAUUGGCCUGGUACAUGCAUCACCUCCCGCAGUGGUUCAACGCACUUAGUACAGCAGUAGUCUAUGUCAUUGAGAUCGUUCUGCCGUUUUUAUUCUUUGCUCCAAUACGAAACCUUCGUAUUUUUGCUGCCAUCAUGCAGAUAAAGCUGAUGACAAUAAUAUUUAUGACAGGAAACUACAAUUUUUUCAAUAUUCUGACUGUUGUACUUAAUAUUUCAUUGUUGGAUGAUAGAUUCUUUAGAAAAGAGGAACCAAAGAAGUCAAAGAUUGGGAAAAAUGAAUUCACACGUAUCUUGUCAUUAGUGGUAUCCUGCAUUGUUUAUUUUGCAAUUCUUUACGGAACUAUUUACUUUUUUGAUUUGAGAAUCAACACUUCAAAAUAUUCAAUUGAAAGUCGAAUCAAUUUUACAGAAGCUGGGUUCUUUAAAGCUGUUAGAAAAAUAAUGCCAUUUACAAUCCAUAUGGCAGUCAUUUCCUUAAUGUCAGAAAUACUAGGAGCUUUUUAUCGGUGCAUUGUGCUAGAGAAGUCGUUGCUGAGUAAGUUGUGGUCAACGAUGCAAUGUGUUGCCAUCUCAGCUAUUGCAAUAUAUAUGUUCACAAUAAGCUUAGUUCCACAUACUGCUGUUGAUAACACCGCUCAAAGGAAUCUUUGGCCAAUCGUCUCAGAAUGGCACCAGCGUACCGAUCACCUACAAAUCACAAGUAGUUACGGACUCUUCCGACGGAUGACAGGUGUAGGAGGUCGGCCUGAAAUCAUUAUAGAAGGCAGACAAAAUCAUCAGUUACAAUGGAAGGCAUAUGAUUUCCUUUAUAAACCGGGCAACUUAAGUCAACCGCCUCCAUUUGUUGCGCCACACCAGCCUAGACUUGAUUGGCAGAUGUGGUUUGCAGCUCUCGGUAGCUACCAAUACAACCCAUGGUUUUUAAACCUUGUGUACAGGUUAUUACAGGGAAAACAGGAAGUUGUGGAUCUCAUCGGACCAUCACCAUUUCCUGAUAAACCACCAAAAUAUAUCCGUGCCAAACAUUAUAAUUAUCAUUAUACAAGAGUAAAGAUGACAGUAAACCAAAAAAGACAAGAACGAACAACCAUCUUUUAGAGAACUUGCUGAAGAUAACAAGAACCUAUGCACGACAAAUAAGUGCACUGCACUUUAUCUUGUCUUUAAUUAUUACAGCCAUUUGUUUGACAUUCUUAAGUUGAUUAGUUGUGGAGAGGUUUUAACAUAUUUACGGUCAUCCGGCCAUGUUAUACUUGCGUUACAGUGACGUAAUUCUGAGAGUUCUGCUACAAAAUUUUUUUUGUAAACAACUAUUGUUAAAUAACAUUUGUGCAUUCCAGAGUCUUAAAAUGGAGGAUAAUUGGGGGGUGGGGGGCGAAUGUGGAGUGCCGCGGGGCUAGGUCACAAAAUAAGGUAAUAUGAGUUGUUUUUAACUACUUAUUUUUUUUGCUUUGGACAUUUUUAAUGAGGAUCGGGGCCAACUGGUGUGGGGGAGGUUUUUUUGUUUUGUUUUGAUGGGGUGAGGGGAGGGUGGUCAUGGAUACAUGAUUAUAGAUUAUGGAAACAUGAAGAGAAAUUUGAAUAAAAAGAAAAGAUGCCAGAGGACAUGAAUACAGUA